AUGUCUACCUUUGGCGGUAGCGGCUGGCCAGCCGCCACCCAGGCGCAGUCGACUUCUGUCUUCGGCGGCGGUGCGUUUUCCUCGGCCUCGAAACCCCUAUCUUUCUCGCCAACGCCAUUCGGUUCGAAGUCGACGACAGCGGGCGUCCAAGGAAAUGGAAAUGGCCGUCUCCCAAACCCCUUCUCCGCCAUGUCAGGCGGUGCCGCACCAUCUAAUCCUUUCGCGACGACUUCUACUACGACCACGGCCCCUGAAGUAAAAAAUCCUUUUCAGACGACAUCUCAGACACCCUCCCCAUCUCUAUUCUCCGCAAAAAACACGGGCACCUUCGGCGCGACCUCGCAGCCGCAAGCGAAUCGAUCUCCUUCGCCGUUUAGCAUGCCUUCGAAUCAAGGCCGACCGAAUACCGCUCUUAAUGCCCAGGCGAGCCCCUUUGCACCCUCGACAACGAAGCUCAACAGCGGAGCGAAACCUACAUUCGGCGGCACACAGUUUGGAUCGAGCAAGCCAUUCGGCGCAGCUUCUGGCCCCGAACAGUUGGAUGCAGGAGGUGACUCGAAGCGGUCUAAGCGAAACAAAGGGGAUUGGGGUGAUGCUGAAAGACGAAAUGGAGUCAGAAGAGGGACGACCCCCGAUGGUCCAGCGCGCAAUUCUCGUGGCGCCCAAGAAGCGCCCAAGAAUGGGUAUGGCCCAAUCAAAGGUGCCUUAGCGAAUGGGCCAACCGGGCACGGGAAGAAGGUUCACUUUGAUGAGCAGGCACCAAAAGGCCCAUCUCGAACCGCGAAGCAGCAACAACAACACAGCUCCCAAGGAUUUAACCGACAACAACGCCCACCGCCACCUUUUGCUUUGAAAUCUAACAACAACCACCCUUCACAUAUUCACGAAAAGUCGAGCGACGAAUAUGCGAACGAGAUGCAUGCGCAACUAGCAAGGGAUGGCAUUCGUCCUCCCGCCUGGCCAGCUAACCCUGGAAAGCCGUCCAGCAAGAAUGCCAUGAUGCAGUUCAGGGAGGAUUACAAGGAAUAUAGAGAGAAGGCCCGCGCGUCUCUGAUACGUGCCGGUCUUAUCGACAACCCGGAGGAUCGGAAACGACUGGAGGACGCCAUCCCGUUUAAGGGUAUAUGCGAAGACAUGUGCCCCGAGUUCGAGAAGAUCACCCGAAUUACCGAGUUCGACGUCAAGCAGGCCGAGAAGGACCCUGCCACCUCGUACGCCGAUACGUCCAGGAUGGUAAAGAAGCUGGCUCGAUCAGCCGCUGGGCAGGAGGCGCCCUUACCGAUGGAUGUCCGGUCUGUUGCAGCCCUUCGCCGGACGUUGGACUAUUUAAUCGACGACCUCUUGGAGUUCGACGAUAAUCUUCCCGUCCUUCAUGGAUUCCUAUGGGAUCGUACCCGUGCCAUCCGUCGAGAUUUCGCAUUUUUCUCGUCCAUGAACGACAAGGAGAUGCGUGACCAAGUCUAUUGCUUGGAGACCAUCGCGCGAUUCCACGUCACGGCGCUUCAUCUUCUCGCUCAAGAGGGUUAUACGCCUGAGGACUUUUCCGAACAGCAAGAGGUGGAGCAGCUAGGCAAGACACUUAUAUCCCUUAUGUAUGCCUACAGCGACUGCGAGGCCGAAGGUAUUACGUGCGAGAACGAGGCCGAAUUUCGAGCCUAUCAGCUGAUUUUCCGAGCCUUUCAUCCCGACAUCUUGGAGAACGUGCAAAGGGAAUGGGAUCCCAAGUUUUGGCGAGAUUCGGACGAGGUGCGCACGGCGGUUUCUCUCGUCGAAGCCCUUCAGAACACGCAGGAUUUCCACGGGCCCUUGAAAGGAGCGCCCUCGUUUGCGGCAUCGAGCGCAUAUAAUUCGUUCUUCCGCAUCGUGGAAGAUCCGAGCGUCUCCUACACCAUGGCUUGUUUCGCCGAGAUCCAUUUCGGUCAACUUCGCCGGUCCAUCUUGGCAGCCGUAAAGAAGGCCUUCUCUCGACCGAAACAAACCCCCAAGGAUAUCACGGCAUCCGUUUUGAACUCUUACCUCCGGUUCGAUACAGUUAAGGAGGCGGUCGAGUUUGCCAAGUUACACGGUCUCGACUUCGCUCCGGAUGCAAAUAACCCCAACGAUCUGAACAAAAGUUAUCUUAUUCUCGAAUAUGGCAAAGGUCUCGAGUACCCCCGCCUACACCAUACAUACUCCGCAAACAUAGUUGAGAAGAAGAGAGGCACGCACUCUCUCCCGGACGUCAUCCACCAGACGGUAUCCGAAGAUACUUCGUUAAAACCCCAGGAUGGAGCAAGCGCUACUGACGAAGAUUCACUUUUUGUUGGCUCAUCUUGGUCUGAAGGAUCAAAAUUCACGCCUGCUCCGGCUCCCAUCAAAUUUACCUCACCUUUUGCUGCUCCUAUUACCCAAACGGCCACCACCCACGGUGAACUUGCGGCGACCGCUCCAGCUACAAAGCCAGCCGCAGCGCCGACUUUUGCACCUGCUGCUCUGCAGAAGACGCCGGCCGGGGCCGGUGGCCUGGGAACUGUGCCCGCAACAGCGCCGUCUCAUUUUGCGCAGCCCGGGUUGAAACCUAGUGCUGGACCUAGUUUAACAUGGGCCCCGUCCCAAGCAAUGUCCGCCCAGCAAACCACUGCACCCACGCCUGCACCGACUUUCACAUUUAAACCCACAGCCGACUCGAAACUAGCGCAACCGACUACAACGCCGACUCUAGGUGCCACAGCCGCAGCAGUCCCUGCCCCAUCUGUCCUAACUAGCGGGAACAAGCCUAGCACCAGCCCCUUUAACUUCCUCAGUUCUGCGCCGAGCAAGCCUGCCGAAACCACCACGCCUACCAUCAAAGUUACACCUCCGACUCCCGCAUUUCCUCCGCCACGGCCAUCGCCUGCAGUCCCGGCGCCUGGCGCUACUCCGGCUGCUGCUUUCAAGCCUCCUUCCGCUCCUUCGCCAAGUAUAUCCGUACCACCCAAGGUGCCGCAAGCCCCAACUAUAGAAAAGGCCGUCGCUGCCCCCCAAGUGUCAGCACCAAGCCAGCCAAGUGCGUUUAUCCCUGCAGCGCAACCACCAGCCGUUGUUACUCCAGCCGCUCCGACAAAAGAAGAAAAAUGGACCUCAUUCACGAAGUGGUUCGUCUCGGGCGAUCACGGGCUUAUGGAUGAGUUUGAACGGUACGCCGUCGAAGAAGCUGUGAGGAAAGCCUUUGGCCAAUUCGUCCGAGAGGAGAAAGAGCGGAUACGCAAGGAGGAGGAUGAAAAGUCGUGGGCCGAAGCGCGCAAAUUCCGCACCUACAGCCUCGGCGUCAAGUACUUCUAUCGAUGGAGGGAGACUGCCCGACAGAAUCGGGCCAGCGCUCUCCGUCGCAGCGACCGGGAGCAGAUGAGAGCCUACCGCGAAUCGAAGCGGGUCGAGAAGCUCAAGCAGAAGAAAGAGGCGGAGAGGGCGCAGAGGAGGUUGGCGCUGGAAGCGGCGGAGCUGGAUAACGUCGAGGAUCUCAAAACGCUACUACUCCGGAAACGGUCGCUCUCUUCGCGGGAGGAGGCUGAGGAGGCGCUUCUUGCGAGUGGCGUGCUUUCGGGAGUUAGGAACGAGCGAGACGCCGCGGCGAGGAUCGUCGGACGGAGGAGUUCUCUCCCCGGGCCGCUUUCGCCCGUUCGGAAGUCGAGCAUGCCUGAUUUUAUGCACAAGAUCAAGACGGGCAUUGCCGACUCCGUGAACAGGUCCAUCGGCAAGGUCGUCAGACCUCGUACCAGCAGCACCGCCAGUGUCAGCAGCAUUAGCGGCGGCGGAGCCAAGACACGGGCGCUCCGCGAGGAGUUUUCGGGGAGCGCGUUGCGGAAGACGAUCGCGCGGUCGAGGUCAAGGUAUUCCCUCCCGCCCUCAGAAGACGGCUCUACCUCCUCCCUAUCGCGGGUGUCGAGCCGCUGGCGCCUCAAAGCUAUGGGCCUCGUCACGAUGCCAGACGGUUCGGCCUUGCCCGAAUAUCUUGCCGACCAGAUCAAAUACGAAGGGAAGCGCUUCCCCGAGCUCGGUAACUUUGGCAUGCCGCCUCCGGAGACUCCCCGCGUAGCCUACGCCGGCGCCGAUGCAGAGGUUCGUCCCGCCACGAUGGACGGAACGACUGUCCCCCGACCGAAGGAGGACUUCCGCUCGCUGGGAUCGCACAAGCCGCAUGCUAGCGUGUCCGGCGUCAACGGCGUAGAGGGACUCGGACACGCGUUGAAGCGCAAGAGGACGGCGGGCGAGGCCCGUGAUGAAGGUGACGAUGAGGAGGAGGAAGGAGAGCAGGAGAAGAAUAAGCGGAUCUUACUCGAUACGCAGAAGACGAUUCGAGAGAUGAGGAGGCUUAGGGAGGAGAUGGAGGAAGGGACCGGGUGGUUCAAGGAGCAGAAUGAGAGGUUGCAAAGCGAGAUGUCUAGUCGGCCCGGAACGCCUUGGGGCCAUUAA